AUGCAUGUCCCACGAUUAGGACCAGCACCGAGGGCAAACAAUGAUCUGCCGCAACAGCGCGGACUUGACAGUCAUGAGACCAUCACUGACUUGGUACCCAAUCGUCUAUGCGCCCGUUGCUCCCGCGCUCUUACGACAUCCAAGAAACCCUGGCAAUCUAGACCAGCGGAUGACGCUGACUGGUCAGGCGACAAGUUUUUCCACAGCAAGAACACGAAACAGAUGUUGACGGACUCAGUACUUGCCGCCGGUUGCCAUCUGUGCACACAAGUCAGUUUGGAUGACAACUUCUCGGGCGCCGGGGACGAACAGAGAGUCAUGAUCGAAUGCAGCCGAUCGACGGCUUUAGAGGGUAAUGAAAGAGAGAUUCCAAUCAUUUCAUUUUCCGCUGCUUCUUGCGCCGAGUGGGACGACAAUUGGGCUUCACUGCCAGACCCUUCCAAAGAUGAAGAGCCACGAGGUGAUUCAACUACAACGCCAUUGGCGACAUUCAAGCUCGAACGGACGGAUGGCGGCGAAGGGGGAGCAAAAUCUCUUCUACCCCAAAGACUGCCGGAUGGUUCGAUGUUCGUGCUGCCUUCCUCGACUGACUCGCCUGAGGCUUUCGGACUUGUGCGACACUGGUUAGAUGAUUGCCUCAAUAAUCAUCCAGGGUGCAAGAGAUCUUCCAAGAAGCCCCCGACACGGGCCUUUGACAUAGGGGCUCCAGGGUACGACAGACUUCCAACACGGCUCGUUGAUAUAGGCUUCCAAGGGUUCAACGGACAGAAGAGGCCUCUACGACCGCACCUUUUCAUCCCAAACGCAAUCUACACGCCGACCACGACCCCAUAUCUCACUCUAAGUCACUCGUGGGCCUUGACCGGCAAAUCUCUACGGUUAACCACCAAGAAUGCCAAGGACUGGGAGUGGGGUGAGUGCCCCGGAGAUGGAGGAAUACCAAUCGACGGUCUAGCCCAGACAUUCGUCGAUGCCAUGCGAAUCACACAACAACUAGGGUACCGAUAUAUCUGGAUCGACUCUCUCUGUAUCAUGCAGGACUCACCAGAGGACUGGAACCGAGAGGCCCAGACCAUGGCAGACGUCUACGGUAACUCCAUUCUGACCAUCUUUGCUUCGGGGAUGGGCAUGGAGGGGGUUCAAGGGGCCACUUCCGACACCUGCUUCUCUGUGCGGAAUCCUUUGGAGGUGUAUGCCCCCAUAAUCAUGUCUCCUUCGCCGGAUGGCGCAAUACGGGAUGAAGCUCAAACCGAGGAGAAUGCCAACAUCAACCCGGACAGGAGAGGAUGCUUUUACGCUAUCCGUGAGAAGUAUGAAUCCAACGUGGACGAGAUGCUAUGGGGUGCUCAGCAGAAGAACCCGCUGCUAUCACGCGGCUGGAUCGUCCAAGAGCGUUUACUGUCGCCUCGCAUUAUCUACUACGGGGCCGAUGAGCUCUACUGGGAGUGUCGUCUCCAUGCCGUCUCAGAAAGUUGCCCUUUUGGGACACCCUUGAACAAAGAUGCCGAGGCUUCUCGGUCCAUCUGGACCGCCAACGCGAAAUCCGUGUACCAGAUCUUAAAGGGCCCUUUCCCUGCGAACUUUGACACAGACAUGAACAUGGGUAACAAUGACACCGAAGACGACGCCAAAUACGCACAUUUACUCGAACUCGCUGCCUGUUGGACGACCUUACUCACCUAUUACACCGCUACGGAGCUCACAUACCCGUCCGACAGGCUCAUCGCACUCGCAGGCAUGGUGACCGCAAUAGCGGAAACCAAAGGCUGGACUUACAUCCACGGAAGUUGGCAAGAGCUUUGGCCUUUCGACCUCCUCUGGGGCUUCAGUAGCGUUCUCAACGUCGAGCUAUUCAACCCGAGCUGGUAUCCCGAAGACAGCGAGGAGCGGCGCAAAGAUCGGGAUGAAACGGCACAGAGACUGUUGAAAGGAAAAUCCUACCCCGAGUCGCAAGCCAGUACAAACCUACGCCUCCCUUCAUGGUCGUGGGCGGCUACUGAAGCACCCAAAGAUUUCUGGUUCAGCUCUUCUGGGCCACCUGCAUGGAAGUGUCAGGUUGCUGUCUUCGGUGGGACAGCCAUCACCGGCACAAGUACCUCUAGGCAAGAACAAGGAAGUGGGAUACUGGCACUGAGGACGUACAAGAAGCAGUUAUACGACAUGCCACCCGUCGACUUGACGCUGAUGUGGGACGACAACGAAUGCUUCUACUCGAAAGAUGAAGUUCACUGUCUGCUGGUGCUCGAUCAUCUUGCCAGGGGCGGGCGACGAGCUCUCCAGGUGGGGUUGAUGGUUGUCCAAAUCCAAAUGACCGAGAAUGUCCCGUCGAGGAAAGUCGCCGAGGAAUUAGAAACGACGAGAGGAAUGCGGUUUAACUGCCGAAGAGUGGGAAAAUGGGAAAAUGCUUGGGGCCCGCCUGCCAUCAACAGGAAUAAAGAUGAAGAGACGGUGGUGUAUUUGUGCUGA